AUGGCAUCUGCACAAGACACCAGGUAUGGCCAGAAGGACACAUCAGACCAGAACUUUGAUUACAUGUUCAAACUGCUCAUCAUUGGCAAUAGCAGUGUUGGGAAAACAUCGUUUUUGUUCCGUUAUGCUGAUGAUUCUUUUACUUCAGCUUUCGUAAGCACCGUUGGGAUCGAUUUCAAAGUAAAAACUGUUUUCAAAAAUGAAAAAAGAAUUAAGCUACAGAUCUGGGACACAGCUGGUCAAGAAAGAUAUAGGACAAUUACUACAGCCUACUAUCGGGGUGCAAUGGGCUUCAUUUUAAUGUAUGACAUCACCAACGAAGAGUCCUUCAAUGCUGUGCAAGACUGGUCAACCCAAAUAAAAACAUACUCUUGGGAUAAUGCCCAGGUUAUUUUGGUCGGCAAUAAAUGUGACAUGGAAGAAGAACGGGUAAUCUCCACUGACAGAGGGAAACAUUUAGCAGAACAACUUGGUUUUGAAUUCUUUGAAACAAGUGCCAAGGACAACAUCAACGUCAAGCAGACGUUCGAGCGGCUGGUGGACAUCAUCUGUGACAAAAUGUCAGAAACUCUGGAGACGGAUCCUGUCAUUGCUGCUGGUAAACAGAACACAAGACUAAAGGACACCCCUCCUCCACAGCAACCCAAUUGUGGAUGUUAA